AUGUCGUUGCUUGCUUCCCUGCCCGCGCCUGUGAAGACAUACACCGCUCCCGAUGCUCCUGCGCCGACGGGACCCAGCGGCGAGGAGACGCGGCGACCGGUCAAGGAGGUGCCUCCCUAUGGCCGGCGACAGGGAUUCGUGCCUCGCCGGGUGGACGACUACGGCGGGGGCGGUGCUUUCCCCGAGAUACACGUUGCCCAGUACCCCUUGGAGAUGGGCCGCCCCAACCAGCGGCCCGGCGGUGCGGGGCGCACGGACCAGACCGUGGCCCUGAGCGUGAAUGCGGAGGGCGAGGUGAACUACGACGCGGUGGUGCGGCAGGGCAAGGACGCGCAGAAGUGGGUGGCCACGACCCAUGCCGCGCUAGUGCCCAAGCUGGAGCAGCUCAACUCCGACAUGCCCCGCCCCGACGAGGAGGAGGUGGAGGCGGCGGCCAAGGAGACCGCGGCCGCGCUGCAGGCAGUGGUCUCGCGCAAGCAGGCGGCGGUGAACCCCAAGACGCUGCCCUCGCAGCCGGGCGCGCCGCAGUACAUCAAGUACACCCCCGCGCAGUCGGGGGGCGCACACAACUCGGGCGCGGCAACGCGCAUCAUCAAGAUGCAGGACAUGCCCGUGGACCCCAUGGAGCCGCCCAAGUUCCGGCACAUCAAGGUGCCGCGCGGGCCUGGGUCGCCCCCGGUCCCCGUCAUGCACUCCCCCCCCCGCGCGCUGACGGUGCAGGACCAGGCGGACUGGAAGAUCCCGCCCUGCAUCUCCAACUGGAAGAACAGCAAGGGGUACACCAUCCCGCUGGACAAGCGCCUGGCCGCCGACGGGCGCGGGCUGCAGGAGGUCCAGAUCAACGACCAGUUCGCCAAGUUCACCGAGGCGCUGUACAUCGCCGAGCAGAAGGCGCGCGCCUCACGGGGCCCUGGGCGCAGCGCGGCGGCGGCCCCCUCCUCACCCGAGUCGGAGGCGGAGCGGGAGCUCCCAGCCGCGCAUCGCGUGCGGGACGGCCCUGCCGCCGAGGGCGAGACGCGGGCGGAGCGGGAGGAGCGCCGGCAGCGAGACGAGAUCCGCGAGGAGAGGCGCCGCGAGCGCGAGCGCGAGCGCCGGCUGGAAGCGCGCGACGCGCAUGGGCACAAGCGCAGCAAGCUCACGCGCGACCGCGACCGCGACAUCUCUGAGAAGAUCGCGCUGGGACAGGCCAAGGUGUCUGGCGGGGAGGCCAUGUACGACCAGCGCCUGUUCAACCAGGACACGGGCGUCGGUUCCGGCCUGGCCUCGGAGGACGCGUACAACCUGUACGACAAGCCCCUGUUCGCGGACAGGAGCGAAGUGUUCCGCAGCCGCGGGCGGCAGGACGAGGAGGUGCACGGCGCGGGGGCCGGUGGCGACGAUGCGGCCGGCGAGCGCCGGUUCAAGCCAGACAAGGGCUUCAGCGGCGUGGACUAUGGCGCAGCGCGCGACGCCGCAGCGGGGCCCGUGCAGUUUGAGGCCGACGCCGCGCAGGCCGACGUCUUUGGCCUGGACGCCUUCCUCACUGACGUGCGCGGCGGCAAGCGGCGGGAGGGGCCGCUGGGUGACGCGCCCCGCGGCGGGUCCAUGGCCGCAGCGGGCGGCGGCGGCGGCGGCGGCGGCGGCGGCGACGGUGGCCGCAGGAUGGACUUUGUCGGGGCCUCGGGGAGCAAGCAACGCUGA